AUGAACAAAAACCUCACCCGCACCCUCCCCUCCAUCUCCACCCUACGCCACGUCCAAUUCUCACGCAAAGGCGUCCCCUUCCUCAAGACCUCCACCGUCCAAGCCAAACUCACCACCGACCUCCUCGCCUCCAAAUCCUACCUCGCGCUCCCCAAGCGCGCCGCGCGGCCCGCCGCCGCCUCCCAACCCUUCCCCCCGCCCACGCUCCUCACCAUGGAGUUCGAGCCCGUAUUCACCCUCGGCCGCCGCGACCGGGUCGCCCUCACCCCGGCCGAGCGCGACCGCCUCCUCGGCACGGGCGCACGCGUCUACGAGACGCUGCGCGGCGGGCAGACAACGUUCCACGGGCCGGGGCAGAUGACGGGGUAUGUUGUCAUCGACCUGGUGCAGCACAAACUGAAGCCGCGGUGCUAUGUUGCGCUGCUGGAGGACGCGAUGAUGGAGACGUGUGCGCACUACGGCGUGGCCACGGUCAAGACCGAGAACACUGGCGUGUGGGUGCGGCGUGGCGGCGGCGGGGAGGGUGGGGGGGCGGUGGAGGAGAGCAAGAUUGGGGCGGUGGGCGUGCACAUGCGCAGGAAUGUGACGAGCUAUGGCGUGGCGCUGAAUGUCACGACGGAUCUGCGGUGGUUUGAUCUGAUUGUGCCGUGUGGGCUGGAGGGGAAGGGGACGACGUCGCUGGAGAGGGAGGGCGUGAGGGGCGUGGGGGUCGUGGAGGUGGCGGCGGUGUUUGCGGAGAUUAUGAGGAAGAAGUUGGGCUGUGAGAGCAUUGAGAGCUUGAAUGAGUGGAGGCUGUUUGAGUGGAUUGAGGGACGAACUAUCCAGACUUUGGCGAGUGGCAAAAUCACGGAUUUCGCGGCGAUUUAA